AUCGUCUUCAAACGCGUGACUGUAUGAUCGAAUCGAAGAAUCAAUUUGGUAUCGAGGAAUCGCGAAAACUGCGGCGUGAAGAGGAGUGACGUCACAUCCGGGUCAACGGCGCGGGAGUUGCACGCGGCAAAGCCACGUGAACCUCGCAGCUGUCUUCGCCAUGGCGGCUGUCUUCCUGGGCGAGGUGCAGGGCGCGGUGGUCUCCGUGCUCGUCACGAGCUCCCUCUCCUCCUUCCCCAGCGAGAAGAGAUUCUGCCGAGACAUCACCGUGGCGCAGCUCAAGGGGAAGCUGGAGAUGAUCACGGGGGCCCCCGCCGCGGGGAUGCGCCUGCAGUUGUUUGGGCCCCAUGACGAGCCCCUCCCCGAGCUCAGCGACGACGAUGCCCAACUCGGAUCCUACCCCGUGGACAACGGCUGCCGCAUCCACGUGAUGGACGUGACGGGGCAACAGAAGGGUGAGUUUGAGGACCUGUCGUCUGUGCCCAAGUACGACAUGCAGGAAGACGACUACGAAAAACGCUCCGAGUCGGUGCGCACGUUCAUGAAGCAGCGGCGGCUGGGCCGCUACGACGAGGAGAUGCAGGCGCAGCGCGAGGAGGAGCGGCGCAAGCGUGAGGAAGAAGAGAAGUUGGCGGCGAGUGCCAUCACGGUCGGGCAGCGGUGUGAGGUGGAAGUGGUGGGGCAGCCACACAAGCGUGGAACCGUCAUGUUCGUGGGUCAGGCAGACUUCAAGCCAGGGUUCUGGGUGGGGGUGAAGUAUGACGAACCGUUGGGCAAGAACGACGGCAGUGUGGGUGGUCGCCGGUACUUUGAGUGCGAGCCGCGCUACGGCGCAUUCCUCAAGCCGAUGUCAAUCACUGUGGGCGACUUCCCAGAGGAGGACCUGGGUCUGGACGACGAGAUGUAAACACGGUUGACCGCAGCACCAUCAUCUAUCUGCAUCAUCAUCACCACUGGGUCUCGUGAAGGAUCGAGGUGCUAACCGCGACAUUUUACCAUCGCGUGGAGCCGAACUGUGACCUAUAGAGCUAAAGGGCGGCAUCGCCACCGUCGCAUCGUAAAGCAGGAAUCGUCCUAAUGGUCACGUCGGCGGGGCACGACGCAGUGCCUGGCUUGUUCACUCGCAUGUUCGCUCAAUCAACCAUCCACUCGGUCACCCACGAUGCUGGACUAGCAACACGGGCCCGACUAUUGCCCCCGUUUACACGAUUCACCCCCCCCAUGAAUGAUUUGAACAUUCCGUGUCGCACUGUGACACCGCGAUUGGUGAACGUCAUUCAUAUAUGCGUCCACGCAGAAAUAUUUAUUAUAAACGCGCUUAAAAAAUUACAAGUGUUUGUGUGUUUGUGCCUGUGGACUAACAUGUUUAACAGAUGCGGGAACGCACACAGUCCUAAUCAGAGAAAAGCACUCAGACGGUGGCAAAAAUGGGCAGUUAUCCCCUUGCCCGGAAAUGUUUAAACGGUCAUUAUACAUUUUAAAAAACUAUUCAAAUGUUAUUCAUUCAUGUAAAAAAAACACAUUGCCAUUAUGACCACAAAAUAAGCAUUCACCAAGGAGAGUUUGAUGCGAACUGACACAGGAACACUUGUUUUUGACACGGUACCUCUUGGCCAUAACAAUUUUCUCUCCCUCCAAAAUGCUGAGCUUUGUGUGCCACUAACGGUUAAUUAGCCAUCGAUAUUGGAAAGCCUUGUUCCCUUUAGCUCAAAUCAGUCACCCGUUGGUGUGUCGCUCUGCUGGGCUCACACUGCUCCGACAUGGGGCAAAGCUGUGAUUGCAUCAUUCCCCUCCCUGUGCUGUGAAAGCCUGAGCUGCCUUGCAUUGACAAAACAAGACUUAAAAUCUUCCCAUGCGCUGCGGAGGUUGCAUAUGUGUUUACCAUUGCCGGAGACGGGUACCAGCGGUGUCAAGAUCGGCCUAUGGAGGACAUACUGAGCGGUUGGAAGCAGCCGCUCAAGUAGCAAUAGCUGGCGGAGGAGACGCUCACCCUGAGUGGAGCGCCCGGUUUCUAAAACGCAGCGAGGUGGCAGCGGGCGGCACAAGUGGUGGUGCAUCUUGCCAGUCUUGGGCACUCAACCGUUGUUAACACCUGUCUGUCCCAUGGCCUGCUGACAAACCUUUAACACUUCACGUGGCCCCCGAAAGUGUACCUAUGUAGGCUGGCACAAUCGAUGGAGUGACAUCACCGUUGCCGAGUGACGAAUGGCAGCUGUUUAUAUUGAUCAAAGUUGUGUUGUGUGUUCUGCUGGAGCUGGAAUAAACUGUUAAAUCAC